UGUUCGUCGGGCGAUUCGCCUUGAAAGACCGUGUCCGAGAAAGGAGACGUGAGAAAAGAAGUUCGGCUGGCUCGCGGCACAAAUACAUCAACCGUAGAUCGAUGCUACGUGCAAAAUCUAUGCCAUCUCGACGAUCAAUCGAGAUACGUGAUCUGCUACUCCUUUUUUUUUUGUUAAAUCUCGAUCGUCCGCACGUAUCUCGUGCAAAUACGUAAUGCCGCGCGAGAGUGCCAAAGGGAGCGAGUGAAAAAAGGGACAGACGUGAUCAGACGCAAUCGGAAAACGACACGCGAUGACCAGAGGAACAUCGCGCGCGAAAAUGCCUCGGUGGAUUGUGUCCGAGUGUCCGGUGAUUUAACGUCCUCGACAAGGCUAUCUCCUCAAGUUUCGUACCCCGUUGGACACCCAACGAGCCGAGCUUAUCGCCAAGGACGAUCGAGAGCUAUUGUUGAACGCAGAUUAUGAUCUAGAACGAUCAAAUUGAUUAGACACGGUGAUCUUCUGCGACAGCGAUCGGAGACGAUCCGGAUAUACAUGUUAAGGCCGUUCAAAGGACGCUCAAGGGUAGUGUCGACGUUUAUGGAAUUUUUGGCUGAACCUCGAGUGCCGAUUGACUUUUACCGAAUCAUCGAUGUACCAACGCCGUGAAGCGAUCUACGACCACCGGUCGUCACGCUGUGAGGUGAUAGUCGUCGCGUGCCGAUCGGAAAACUUGGCGCCGACGCGUAUACGGAAGAUGGAAGUAAGAACUCGCGUUCGUGCGUCCGCGUGGAGCACUAAGGGUUGAAGUUUCGGAGUUCCGGUGGCCUACUUCGGCUCUGUCCUCCGGACGGAGGGCGCACGAGGAUGUCCGAAAGAUGACUAGGUACUGAGGAGGAGAAGGCGCAGUAGCUUUGAAGGUUGCUGCCGCCUCGGUUUGGUGGAAUGGAGAUGAACGGCACCGAAAGCAGCCUGAAUGGCACCGAGGUCAAUCGCACUUCCGCACCGAUCUUCACCAUCGGCACAGAUUUCAUCACGCAAUGGAAGCUGAAGAGACAACGGGAGCGUCUAUGUCGAUUCGUGUAUAACCAGAUUUUGACGGCAGAAUGUACUCAGCUAAAUGGAACAUGGCCUGACCCGGAUGACCCGCGCUGGAACAGCGGUGAAUACGCGGAACUUCUGCCCGACUGGUUCCCGACAAACGCGACGAAUACCUCGACUUUCGGAAACGCAACGACCUCGUCGACAUCGGAAUCUCUGGUGCCCGUUUUGCCACCAUUUACGCUCUGGCAGACUAUACUGAUUGCUAUCUGCUUGGCGAUAUGCAUACUACUAACUAUCGGUGGUAACAUCCUCGUUCUUCUGGCAUUUAUCGUAGAUAAAGCCAUCAGGCAACCGAGCAACUAUUUCAUUGCAUCAUUAGCUGCCACUGAUAUGCUUAUCGGCACCGUGUCGAUGCCGUUCUACACAGUCUACGUGUUAAUGGGAUAUUGGAAUCUAGGACCUCUUCUCUGCGAUCUAUGGCUGUCAGUGGACUAUACGGUAUGCCUUGUGUCUCAGUACACUGUUCUGCUGAUCACGAUCGAUCGCUUCUGUUCGGUGAAGAUAGCCGCGCAGUAUCGCAGUUGGCGGACGGAGCAGCGCGUAAUCUGGAUGGUGACCAUCACCUGGAUCAUACCUGCGCUACUGUUUUUCAUCAGCAUCUUCGGUUGGGAGCAUUUUAUUGGUUACAGAGACCUACAUCCGGGCCAGUGCGCCGUACAGUUCCUCAAAGAUCCGGUAUUCAAUACCGCGUUGAUAAUAGGAUAUUAUUGGACGACGUUGAUCGUUCUGUUCAUCCUUUAUGGCGGCAUAUACAAAACCGCUUAUGACAUGCAGAAGAAAAGCGAGGCCAAGCAGCGCAAGAUGCAAUCGAUGGUCGCGUUGAGCGCCGGCGCGAUGUCCGGUAUGGCCGGUCGCGCCGCUGGUAUAGGUAUUUCUAAAACACAGAGCACUUUGCUGAGUCAGGACAAACCAAAGAUCGGAACUACGUCAAUAGAUGAUAGUAUCAUUGGCAUGGACGCGACAACUACGCAAAAAAUGAUCUCAAAAACUGAUGGCGCGAUGCCGCCGGAUGCAAGCAAGAACGUUUCGAAUAUCACGGUGAUGGAAACUGAGAAAUCUGAACGCUCCAGUAGCCCUGCUUUCGAUUCCGACGAGGAAAGCACCAUCGGUACCUCACAGCAAGUUAAUAUCAGAAAGCGGUCUUCGCUGGCGGGUCUAGUAGCCCAAUCCGGUGCUCUUCAAGUUUUCGCCACCAACGGACGCCUGAACGGCAUUGUACCGAUCAAAGUUGAGCUGAGUGUGCCAACGGCGAAGAAACUUUUGCCAACGAGUCCUACGCGCGACACGCCGACGCAGAAAGCUCAAACACUGCCGAAGAUACAGGAGCUUAGUCUUCUAGACACCGAUAAUCCCGCCGAGCCCGACAAGUCCAGCAGCCGAACGUUGACGCCAGAACAAUCCUUAAAAUCAAACGAUGCCGAUGGCAAUAUACAAUCGAUUAUCUCGAUUGAGGUGACACCACCCACUCAACUUAAGCGAACGUCGAUUAGUAACAGUCAACAGAACAUUAUACCGCCGCCUAUGCAGUUUCAAAGUAGUCCGCCAGUAUCAGACAGUCCGACAACGUCCUCUUCGACCGACAGACCUAGAUCAUUGAUCGUACGCUCCCAUGGUCAUGGUACUUAUGAUAUCCUUACCGGUCUGGACGGCGGCGAUUUGCGGUACAUGGAUGAGAGCUCCAUUAUCUUGCCCAGUCCUUCUUACGAGAGUCCACCGUCUUCCUUCUCCUGCAGCCUGGCUAAUCCGUUGUCGACAGCACCUUCGUCGCCUAUUCUGGGUAACACCAUGGCGGCCGGCGCGACCGGCCGGAGUCCCAGCCUGUUGCAACCCGCUCUUAUCAGGGCGACGGCGCAGCAAGCCGGUACCAGUCAGCUUGCUCAAAUCGCACAGAAUAAACAGCAUCUGCACCAUCCACCUAUAAUGUCUAAUGCAUCGAGUCAAACGCACCCGCCGCGCGUGUUCAUCACACACCAGACAAACGUCGCGUCGCAGACGUCGCCCAUCAACAAGGUACACACUGAGGUCUCCGUCAAUACUGAUAGGAUGAAGCGUCAAGCGGUGACGACAACGACGGUGAUCACAACGACUGCGGCUAUGCCGAUAGAAUCGUCUAAUAGUACGGAACAAUUCUCAGAUCAACCCACCAAGGCGAGUAGUAAUCCACCACAGAAUUCAUCAUCCAGCAGCAUAAUGCCGACGGCCUCGAUCGCCAUGAAUAGCCAGGAAGCGAAGAAUCAAUCACAGAAGAAGAAGGAAACAUCGGAUACGGAACAGAGCGGCUCCAGGCGCGACUUUGUGAAGUCUAUUGGGAAACGAUUGAAGGCCAAAACGCAGAAAAAGGAUCUCAUGGUAGGCCGGCAAAAAUCACGAACAGAGAACAGAGCGCGCAAGGCCUUUCGUACGAUUUCCUUCAUCCUGGGGGCGUUUGUCGCUUGCUGGACACCCUAUCACGUAUUAGCACUGGUAGAAGGAUUCUGCUCAAAUCCACCAUGCACGAACGAGCAUCUCUUCAUGUUCUCAUAUUUUCUGUGCUACGCCAAUAGUCCUAUGAAUCCUUUCUGCUAUGCUCUGGCGAAUCAACAGUUCAAGAAGACCUUUACCAGGAUACUAAGAGGUGAUUUGCAUAUGACGUAAAGUACUGCGGAUUGUUCGACAGCAUAUUCGUUUUGAUAAUUAAUGUAAGCGACGCGAACUGUUUUUUUGUGGAGAAGAUGGCCUUCCAUAUUUAAUACCGAAUUACACUCACUUGUCGUAACUGUGGUGAACUCGGACAAUAAUAAAAUGAAAAUAAUAUUUUAAGACUCGCCGGCGAAGUCAGGUGUUACGCGCCUUUUGUACAUAAUACGCACUCAAGCCAAUCGAAAGUUAUUAUAUUAUAUUGUAUGUACAUACGCUGUACACAUGUGUGAAUAUUCGUUAACGUUAUGUGACCAGGACGCGCGUGUAUAACAUGUGUAUGUACAUGUAGUCUUAGGCAAUUAUAUGUGUAUUACAAUAAACAUUUUACUGAACCGGAGAUACAUUCCUAAUAAUUUGCGGUUCAUGGUCCGUAUUGUAGCGAGAGCUUGUAAAUUUAACGCCGCGUGGAGAACGCAGUAUAGUUAAAGCAGUAAUUAUGUAAUUUAGUAGUAAACAUUUAAUAUAAGCCGAACGAAGAAACAUCGUUCAUUACGAAAGACGAAAAGUGAAAAUAUUAAGUAAUGUAAGACAUUGAUAUUCGGCUGUAUUAUAAAAUAUCAGUCGCUUUUACCCGGUUUCACCAAUGUGACUUUAAUCUCAGUUCAAUUUACUCUUUAUCUUCACUUAAUUUUUAGGAUUUGAAAAAGAUAAACGCUAAGUUAAACCGAAAUUAAAGUUAUUCCAUAUUGGUGGGCAUUUGUGUAUAAAAGACUGGCUGUAUUAUAAAACGCCAGUUGCUUCAAAUAAAGGACUGUCUUCUCUUGUUGUAUGCAGUAAUCGUGAAGCGUUUUCGCGUUGCAUUAUUAAUUCCCGUCGCAUUUCAAAGAUUUCACGGGUUAUUUGACGUACUAUCUAUCUUUUUUUAUUUUUACAAACAACGAAUCAGCUUGAGGUAGCUCGCCUUCAUAGAAGUACCGAAUAAUUGACGAUUUUCUUACGGCUCUCGAUCAUGAAUCGGAAAUAUACACUGCCUUGAGAUGGCCUAAUAUGCAGGCCUUUUCUCUUCGAAUUUUGUGACAUCUGGUACUUUCCUUACAAACGAGCUUCCAUCGAUGUCUGAUUGACAUUUCAUGGCGAUACGUUCGCAUCUAUGACGACAUGUAAGGAAUAUUUUUAUUUUAAUAUAUAUUUAAAAUUGAUUAUUA